AUCCGUGGGUAAGCUAGGAUUUUAUUUUUUUUUGGCUUGAAAAAAGAAGCCACCUGGGCUAUAGCCCAGGUUUGCCAAACUAAAGGAAGGUCUGUGGGUGGGCUAGGAUUUUAUUUUUUUGGCUGGAAAAAAGAAGUAGGUUUGCCAAACUAAAGAUCCGUCUCUGUUUCCACUUCAACCCAUUUACAAUCAAACUAUUUUAUGACUAAAACACUUCACAUUAAUGAUAAUUUUAUUAAACUAAAACACAGUUUUAUGAGUCUACUUAUGGAGAAAAACUUAGUUGCAAUGAGAUAACACUAUUUUGCUAUCCUUAUUUCAUAAAAGUCUUUCUCCUACUUAUGACUAUGGUUGCAGCCUGCAAUAUUCUUAAAAUAAUAAAAAAAUAAAAAAAAUAAAAAAAGUAGCUAUUCUGAAGGACAUUACCUCACUUUUGCUGUAUAAAUACUCUGCAUUUGCAAGCACUGCAAUGCACACACAAAAGCUAAGAUGGAUUCCAGAGAAGUAGCAACUAAGCCACACGCUGUUUGCAUUCCAUUCCCUUAUCAAAGCCAUAUAAAGGCAAUGCUUAAAUUUGCAAAGCUCCUCCACCACAGAGGUUUUCAUAUAACCUUUGUUAACACAGAGUUCAAUCACAAGCGCUUUCUUAAAUCUCAAGGACCCAAUUCCCUUGUUGGCUUGCCUGAUUUUCAAUUCGAUGCCUUCCCGGAUAGCCUUCCGGAUUCAGAUGAAGAUGCCACACCAGAUGCCACCUUGCUUUGUGAAUCCAUCAGAAAAAAAAAAUUCUUGGCUCCCUUUCAUGCCCUCCUUGCAAAACUCAACAAUGAUGCCAUAUCAACAUCCCACAAUCCUCCUGUGACUUGCAUAGUUUCAGAUGGUUUCAUGUCCGCGUUCACAAUCACAGCUGCUGAAGAAAUCGGAGUCCCUAUAGCGCUGUUCUACACUAUAGCUGCCUGCAGCUUCAUGGGAUUUAAACAACUUCGCGCUGUGGUCGAAAAAGGACUUUUUCCACUCAAAGAUGAGAGCUGUUUCAAAAAUGGCUAUCUGGACACCGUAAUAGAUUGGAUCCCAGGAAUGAGAGAUAUCCGUUUAAGGGAUCUCCCGACCUUCGCGCGAAACACAAAUCUGGAUGACACCGGAUUUAACUUCAUCAUGGAAGAAACCGAAAGAGCUCAUGAAGCUUCAGCAGUUGUUCUUCAUACUUUUCAUGCCUUGGAGACAGAUGUUUUGGAAGCUCUCUCAUCUAUGCUUCCCCAUGUGUACACCGUUGGCCCUCUUCAAUUGCAUCUCAAUCAGAUACCAGAGCACCCUUUGAAAAUGGGAUACAGUCCAUGGAAAGAAGAAACUGAAUGCCUCGAGUGGCUAAACACCAAGGCACCAAACUCAGUUGUCUAUGUGAAUUUCGGCAGUGUAGCAGUCGUGACACCAGAACAGCUUGUGGAGUUUGGGUGGGGACUUGCAAAUAGCAAGCUUCCAUUCUUUUGGGUAAUUAGACCUGAUCUAGUUGUUGGAGAAUCAGCUAUUUUGCCGCCUGAGUUUGUGGCUGAAACUAAGGAAAGAAGUCUAAUAGCUGGGUGGUGCCCACAAGAGCAAGUCCUCAACCACCCCUCAGUUGGAGGAUUUUUAAUGCACAGCGGUUGGAAUUCAACAGUUGAGAGCCUUACUGCAGGAGUUCCUAUGCUCUGUUGGCCAUUCUUCGGGGACCAGCAAAUGGACUGUCGCUAUACUUGCAAUGAAUGGGGAAUUGGCAUGGAGAUUAGUGAUGAUGCGAAGAGGGAAGAGGUAGAGAAGCUUAUCAAAGAGUUAAUGGAGGGAGAGAAGGGUAAGAAGAUGAAAAAUAAGGUCAUGGAGUGGAAGAAACUUGCAGAAGAAGCUACUGGUCCACAUGGUUCUUCAUCCACAAACUUAGACAAUUUAGUGAAGCAAGUGCUAUUGAGAAAAAGUUAAGAUGUUUCCAUAAGAAUAUUGAUGUUAUUAAUUAUCAUUUCCAUUGCCAUUGUCUCAAAUAAUCAACUAUCUGGCAAUAUAUAUGUACUACUGGUCUGUAA